AUGACCAUCUACUCAUUCUACAUCUUUGAUAGACAUUGUAGCUGUAUCUAUUCACGAGAAUAUACACACACAACGCCCGGGAACGGAAGAACAAAUGUUAAUAACGAGAGUGAUGUGGCCAAGUUGCUCUUCGGCACUCUCUACUCGCUUAAAACGCUAUCUCUGAAGUUGGACGACUCGCAGUCGCUGAAUAGUCUUCGAUCUUUCAGUACUGGUGCAUACCGGGUGCAUUUUUUCGAAUCGCUAUCAAAUUUCAAGUUUGUGUUGAUCACGGACUUGGCGGUGGAAACACUUCAGACACAGCUCCAACAGCUAUAUGGAGUUGUCUUCGUGAACAACGUAAUAAUGAACGCGCUCUCCCCAGUGGAGUUUGGUUCCGCAAAGAUUACAAAUGACAGCUUUGUGCGACUGGCAGACAAUUUUUUGCGUCUGUUGCCUGUGUUCGAGUAG